AUGGCAAAGGUGACAGCAUAUAUUGCUUUUUGCAUUUAUUGCGGUAUGAAUAUGAACCAUGUCGUAAGAGCCGGACAAGUCACUAAAGGAGCGAUUAUUACAGAUGAUGCAGCUGACAAGUUAUGGGACGAUGGCCAAUCAAUAGGGGCAAUACAAUUAGAAGAAACAACGGUGACGAACUGUGAUAUGAUGGAAGAUGGAAGGCUCUUUGUUUUGGAGUGGAAUCCGAUGCUUUUCGUGAGAAACGCUCUUGACAUCAUAAAGUGA